CCAGGAUGCCAAAAAUAUUAAAUUGGCACGGGCUUUAUCAGAUGUGUAACAGUUACGUUACACUUCAAAUUGAAACACAGCAGUGUCUCGGUGUUCGUUAAAGCAUAAACACAUGUUCAAUAACGUAAAACGAGUAAAUCAACAACGUAAAAUAUCUAAUUGACGCAGCACAACGUAAUCCACACGUUACGAUAUUUAGUGCCCGCAUUUGUUUUGUUGUUAUCGCUACUUACAGGCACUGUAUAUUGCAACAGUUGCCAAAAGAUUUCAUAAUUAACCCAAGCAAAUUGGUAUUGACAACAUGGUCUUUAAAUGCCAAGAAGACAGCUUCCUAAAACAGUUCCGGACGACCGUUGUCUCCUGCGACUAUGCCACCUUGGAGUGGACUGGCGAAGAUAGUAGCAGCACAGAGCCACGAAAACUACGCGGCUUCAAUGUGAUCUGCGAGAAUACCAUUCUGUUUCCAGAGGGCGGAGGCCAGCCCUGCGACUACGGCACCAUCAAUGGACAGCCGGUUCGUAGUGUCCUGCGCAAAGGAAGUACGGCGGUUCACUUUGUGGAGUCGCCAACCUGCUUUGAGGAGGGUGCCGAGGUGCAGCAGCAUUUGGAUUGGGCCCGACGCCUAGACCACAUGCAACAACAUUCGGGUCAGCAUCUGAUUACCGCCCUGUUUGAUCGAGAGUUCAAGUAUGACACCACAUCCUGGUCACUGGGCGGCAACGUUUCUUACAUACAACUGAGCACACCACAUCUGAUUAGCCGAGAGUCACUCGACUUGAUUGAGCGACAAGCCAAUGAUCUAAUACGUGAGGGUCGCCCCGUCAGCGUACUGCUCGUAGACCCGGAAGUGGCACAAGAGUUUCAAGAUGCACGUGCACCUCGUGGACUUCCCAAGGAUCAUGAGGGACUUGCACGUGUAGUUCGCAUUGAGGGAAUAGAGUCGAACAUGUGCUGCGGCACACACGUCACCGAUCUGUCGCAACUGCAGUGCAUCAAGUUGCUGUACGCCGAGAAAGUCAAGGCAAAUGUUUUGGUUUACUUUGUUGUAGGCGAACGUGCUUUAAGGAAGCUUGGUGAGAUUUUCACACGCGAGCAGCAGCUCACAGUGGCGCUUAAGGGCGGACCACAGCAGCAUCUGGAACUUGUUCAAAAGCUUCAUCAAAAUAUAAAAUCCACACGAAAAUCGUUUCAACAGCUGCUCAAAGAUUUCGCCAAUGCUGCAGCCGAUCGCCUGGAGAAUCUACCAAAAGCCGCGCGACCCAAAUACUUCGCACUGCAUCGCCGUGACGGCAUCGAAGUAGACUUCAUCAACACAUUUUUGCGUAACGCCCCAGAGGAAAUAUUCUAUUUCCUUACCGUCUCUGAGGGCGUGGCUAGUAGCAAUGGAGCUAAGGGGCACAUGGUACUGCGCGGGCAGCCGGCGUUGGUGGAGCAGUUUGGGCCACAAUUUAUGGAACUUCUCGAAGGCAAGGGCAAUGGCAAGGACAACAACUUUCAGGGGAAGAUCACAAAUCUGGCCAAACUGCAGGAUUGCAAUGCGCUGCUGGAAGCGCAUUUUAAGCCAAAGAAAACGAACUUAGAUCCACCAAUCGCUUCGUGAAAUGGCAUACAUUUUU